AUGUACAACGAAGAUGAAUUCUUAUUUGCAAGAACCAUGACCGGUGUGUUCAAAAACAUCGAGCACAUGUGUUCACGGACGAACAGCAAGACAUGGGGAAAAGAGGCCUGGAAGAAGAUCGUGGUGUGCGUAGUGAGCGACGGACGUGCGAAGAUAAACCCCCGGACGAGAGCUGUGCUAGCAGGUCUUGGUGUGUAUCAAGAUGGGAUUGCCAAGCAACAAGUUAGCGGCAAGGACGUGACAGCACAUAUCUACGAAUACACCACCCAGGUGGGUAUAGAGCUGAAAGGCAAGACCGUCCAACUCAAACCUAGGGGAGCCACACCUGUGCAAAUGGUAUUUUGCUUGAAGGAAAAGAAUCAAAAGAAAAUCAACUCGCAUCGAUGGUUCUUCCAAGCCUUUGGUCGUGUCCUGGACCCCAACAUUUGCGUUCUCUUGGAUGCAGGAACGAAGCCGGGAAAGGAUUCUAUCUACCAACUGUGGAAAGCCUUCGAUCUAGAGCCCAUGUGCGCUGGCGCCUGUGGCGAAAUCAAGGUCAUGUUGAGUGGGGGUAAGAAACUCCUCAACCCGUUAGUCGCCACACAGAAUUUUGAGUACAAAAUGAGCAACAUACUGGACAAGCCGCUCGAAUCAGCUUUUGGGUUUAUUUCUGUCUUGCCUGGGGCUUUCUCUGCGUACCGCUAUGUAGCACUGCAGAAUGACAAGACCGGCCAAGGCCCCCUAGAGAAAUACUUCAAGGGUGAGAAGAUGCACGGUGCAAAUGCUGGUGUCUUCACAGCGAACAUGUACCUGGCCGAAGACCGGAUCUUGUGCUUUGAGCUAGUAGCGAAGCGGAAUUGCCGAUGGAUUCUCCAAUAUGUCAAAUCAGCUACGGGCGAAACAGAUGUACCAGACGCCAUGGCUGAAUUCAUCAUGCAGCGAAGGAGAUGGUUGAACGGCAGUUUCUUCGCUGCAAUCUACGCCCUAGCACAUUUUUACCAGAUCCAACGGACGGAUCACAGCUUCUUCAGAAAGAUAAUGUUCCUCAUCGAGUUCACAUACCAGACCAUCAACAUGAUCUUCGCAUGGUUCGCAAUUGGCAAUUUCUUCCUCGUCUUCCACAUCCUUACAAACUCUCUUGGCGAUAAACAACUUCUCUCCACGGCAGGCCAUAUUCUUGGAAUCGUUUUCGAAUGGGCGUACCUUGCCAUCCUCCUCACUUGCUUCGUCCUGGCUCUCGGCAACCGGCCCCAGGGUUCUAACAAGCUCUACAUGACUCAGGUCUAUUUUUGGUGCUGCAUAAUGGCUUACCUGUUAUUCGCCUCUGUCUUCAUUACUGUUCGCUCUAUCCAAAUCCAAACAGCAGAGAAAGGCUUCACCGUCAAGGACCUCUUCGCCAACCAGCUUUUCUUCACACUCAUCGUGUCCCUCCUCUCAACCUAUAUCCUCUACUUCGUCAUCUCCUUCCUCUUCUUCGACCCCUGGCAUCUCUUCACCUGCUUCAUCCAGUACCUCCUUCUAACCCCUACCUAUAUUAACAUCCUUAACGUCUACGCUUUCUGCAACACACACGACAUCACCUGGGGCACAAAAGGCGACGACAAAGCCGAAAAACUCCCUUCCGCAAACCUCAAACCUGGCGGCAAAGUCGACGUCAAUAUCCCGCAAGAUGAUGGCGACCUGAACGCCCAAUACGACGCCGAAAUGCGCACUUUCGCUACAAAGGCCGCCAAAGAGGUCAAAGUCGUCAGCGAGGCGGAACACCAGGAGGACUAUUACAAAGGAUUCAGGAGUGCGGUUGUGCUGUGCUGGAUGUUUUGUAAUUUGGCGCUUGCUGCGGUGGUGUUGGGGGUCGGUGGGUUGGAGACUGUAAAGGUGGGCAAGGAGACGACGGAUGGGGCGCAGAGAAGUACGAUUUAUAUGGCCGUGGUGCUGUGGAGUGUGGCGGGGUUGUCCCUAUUUAGGUUUAUUGGGGCGGUGUGGUUUUUGAUUGUGAGAUUGUUCCGAGGAGUCUAG